UCCCGGCUCCAUUCCGCUGGGAGUCGCAUCCUACCUGGUCGGGAGGUGUAUCGCCUUCCCACACUUUCCCUUCUGCUGCUCCUUCCCCGGGCGGCAGCUUAGGUGGGAGGAAAAGUCCUGGCGUGAAGAAUUCAGCGGAAAAGAAAAAGCGAUUCUGAUGGGUUCUUGGAAAGCUUGUCUCUUCUCCCCUUUUCUUCUGUGGAGUCAAAGUAGAGGCGUGAGGCUGAUGUUCUUGUUGCUGACCCUGCAUUUGGGGAGCUGUGUUGAUAAAGCAGAUGAUGAAGAUGAUGAGGAUUUAACAGUGAACAAAACCUGGGUCUUGGCACCAAAGAUUCAUGAAGGGGAUAUAACACAAAUUCUCAAUUCAUUGCUGCAAGGCUAUGACAAUAAACUUCGCCCAGAUAUAGGAGUGAGGCCCACAGUAAUUGAAACUGAUAUUUAUGUAAACAGCAUUGGACCAGUUGAUCCCAUAAAUAUGGAAUACACAAUUGAUAUUAUUUUUGCCCAAACCUGGUUUGAUAGUCGUUUAAAAUUCAAUAGUACCAUGAAAGUGCUUGUACUUAACAGUAAUAUGGUUGGGAAAAUUUGGAUUCCUGAUACUUUCUUCAGAAAUUCAAGAAAAUCUGAUGCUCAUUGGAUAACGACUCCUAAUCGUCUGCUUCGAAUUUGGAAUGACGGACGAGUCCUAUAUACUUUAAGAUUGACAAUUAAUGCAGAAUGUUAUCUUCAGCUUCAUAACUUUCCUAUGGAUGAACAUUCCUGUCCACUAGAAUUUUCAAGCUAUGGAUACCCUAAAAAUGAAAUUGAAUAUAAGUGGAAAAAACCUUCUGUAGAAGUGGCUGAUCCUAAAUAUUGGAGAUUAUAUCAGUUUGCAUUUGUAGGGUUGCGGAACUCAACCGAAAUUUAUCACACAAUCUCUGGGGAUUAUGUUAUCAUGACAAUUUUUUUUGACCUGAGCAGACGAAUGGGAUAUUUCACUAUUCAGACCUACAUCCCAUGUAUUCUGACAGUUGUUCUUUCUUGGGUGUCUUUUUGGAUCAAUAAAGAUGCAGUACCUGCAAGAACCUCACUGGGCAUUACCACAGUUUUGACCAUGACCACUCUGAGUACCAUAGCCAGGAAGUCCUUGCCUAAGGUUUCCUACGUGACUGCGAUGGAUCUCUUUGUUUCUGUGUGUUUCAUUUUCGUUUUUGCAGCCUUGAUGGAAUAUGGCACCUUGCAUUAUUUUACCAGCAACGAACGAGCAAAGGCUGCUAGAGACAGAAAGAUAAAACACAAGGCCUCGAUAUCUCCUGGACUCCACCUUGGAUCCACUCUGAUUCCAAUGAAUAGCAUUUCGCUGCCACAAGGAGAAGACGAUCACGGGUACCAGUGUCUGGAGGGAAGGGAAGGAUUCACAUCCGCAUUGCCAAGAUCGACUCUUAUUCGCGAAUAUUUUUCCCAACAGCCUUUGCGCUGUUCAAUCUGGUUUAUUGGGUUGCCUAUCUUUACUUAUAAGUUCUACUUGCUAAGAAAAAGCAUAAGAGAUUUGACUAAAUCCAAUAUAAUCUAUUGUACUUCAGUAACAUGAAGUUUAAAUGUAAAAUUCAGAGAAACCAAUGACCAAAAUGUGAAUAUUAUUGUAAUCAUUUUAAGACUUUCAUAGGUCGGUAAAGUAGCAAUUUGCAUAUUAAGUUACUUAAAUUUAGGUAACACAGAUUACUUGUAAAAUGCAAUCUAUUAAAAUACUCAUAUAUUUUUACUUAAAUUUUAUUUAUUUUACUUAAAUCACAUUAGGAUUUUGGACUAUGUUCCUGGAUUCAUAUUUUAAAGACAUAAUACUUUUAAUACAUGAUUUAUUUAAAUACGAUCUAUA